AUGGCUACCAGAUCAAUUUCACUCUCAAACUUCAACAAAUCAACCCUUCUCAUACAAAAUUCUUUUGAAAAGAUUCUCAAAUCUGUACAAGAGCUUGAAACACUUUCCCCCUCAAUCUUGUCAGUGAUACAAAUCAGAACUUUAAACAACUUCUCGAACCAGUUAGAAAAGAAACAUGAAGCCUAUGAAAAUUACCUGGAAAGAGCCUUGGAACAUAUAUCAGAAGAAUUAGAUUUGGAUGCAGUAAGUGACACUGAAGACAAACUGCGACUGCUAUUCGUCGAAGCCAAGUCUCGGAUUGAAGCCCUUCUCCAACAGCAGCCGCAAGAUGUUCCAGAAGAAAGUAAAGAUUCAACAAGAAUUAGUGACUUCUCAGCUUCAUCAUCUGCUCACGUAAGACUCCCAAAACUAGACCUCAUCACGUUUGAUGGUUCUCCUCUACAGUGGGUAAGUUUCAUCAACUUAUUUGACACUAGCAUCCAUCUGAAUGAAAGCAUUUCAAACGUCACUAAAUUUCAAUAUCUUCUCAGCGUGCUCAAAAAUGAACCACUAAAUCUCAUAAAAUCGUUCAAUAUCACUUCAGCCAAUUACUCAAUUGCCUAUCAGCUCCUCAGAGACAGAUACCAUAACACCCGAAGGUUAACUACACUUCACCUCAACAAACUGAUCGACCUACCGGACAUUUCCUCCACCUCAAACAAAUGUCUCAGAACGUUCCUCAACUUGUUCUAUGAACACACAGAAGCACUUAAAGCUCUUGACUGUGACAUUACUUCUAACUCUAACCCUCUUUUGUCCACCAUACUCUUGCGAAAACUAGAUAAUGACCUUCUCAAACAACUAGAGGCUUUUAGAAUUAAUCUAAAAUGCGAAACACAUUCUCUACCAGAAGUAGUCGAAAUAAUCAAGUUUCUUAAUCAAGAGUGUAACCAAAUUGAAGAUGCUCAGUUACAUACUUGGUCUGUUCCAAUUGAGGACAACCACACAUCAAAAUUCGAACAGAAACCUAUCACUUAUAAUCCCAUUUCAUUUCACGAACAGCAAGUUUCAAUGAUCUCUACCUCAACUCUAUCAAGUCAACAGAACUCAACAAAUGUGUUCUCCUUCCCCUGCUUUGCUUGCUCAUCCACAAGCCAUAAGGUUUAUGUAUGUCCUAUCUUCCUCUCUCUUUCUCCGAAAGAACGUUUUACAACUGCAAAAGAAAACAACAGAUGUGUCUCGUGCCUUGGAAAACAUAGUUUCCAAGCAUGUAAGUCAAAAGCGUCUUGCUUCAAAUGUCACAAACGUCAUCACACCCUUCUUCACCUCGAACACGUCAAGACGCCUCAAGAUUCUACAUUGUCUCAACCUUCAUCCACUCAUAUCCCGAAUGACACACCUCCCGUAUCUCUUUGCUCAGAGAAAACGCGUCUUACCUCUACUCAGCCUACCAACAACCCAUCUCAACUCAACAGCUCUACCACAACAGCUGACUCCUCACUACGCAAGAUUAUUGAUACCUCUCUGUAUUCUCAAGACUCAAAACAAAACAUUCAGCGAUUCUCUUCACUACAUGACUUCAAGUGGUAUCCUCACAGGACCUGCCCACAAAGUGUCCCCUCUACCAAUUGUAGAUUUAUGAACUGUUUUCAUUGA